AGUAAAAAAAAAAAAAUUGUUUUCAUGUUUUCAAUAUUUUAAAAUGUAAACAAAAAGGACAUUUUAAUGGGAAAUUAAGUAUUAUUUUUAAAACAAAUUAAUAAGAAAAAAAUCUUUAAAUUUUCUUAGUAUAUUACUAUGUCUUUAGCAGAUAGCUCGACAAGUAAAGCUAAUGACUACUUUUCAAGAUUGGAAGUCGAUGGCGAAGAUGUUGGUGAAUUCAUUGACCACUGGGAUACUGGUGAACUUUUAUUUCUUGCAUCUUCAGUUCAAAGGAGUGAUAGGAAUUGGGUCUCAGUAGCCAGAGGUCUGAAACUUUAUGGAGAACAAACACGUCCUUCAGAUUUUUAUACACCUAAAAAUUGUGCUCUGCAGUACACAAAAUUACUUAGUGAAAUUGAUGAAGAUUCUAAAAAAAAAUCUGUACCUAGAACAGAGAGGGAAACUUCAGAAGCUAUGCUUGUCAAAAACCUAACUGACAAACGAUUAAGCGAGCUUGCAUGGUUAAAUCAGCAAACCAAAUCUGCCGCAAAUGUUUUGAAAUCAUAUAUUGAUAUGGUUGAAAAUGGGGAAUUUGAUGACCAGCUUGAUGAUAUGUUACAAAAUCUUGAAGAAAAGGAAAAACGGGAAGAACAGAAGUAUGCUGAAUAUAUUUCAAAACGAGAAACAUUAAAUUCAUCAAAAAAAUUGAAUAAGAGUCGCCUGGCAAAAGGUAAAGGAUCGAAAGCUUUCGAUUCCAAAAAGAAACAUUUGUUUCCCGAAGUAGCUGAAGAUUCUCCCAGUAAAGCUGCAGUUGCUGAAGUCGUUAAGAAUAUAAAAAAAGAGAUUGAAGAAGAAGAAUUAGCUGCAUCAACAAAACAUAUUAAAAUCAAAAGUGAACUGGACACCAACAUUAGUUUGAAUGCUCUUCUUGACAGCAAAGUGACAAUGCCAGCCUCUGUUCCACCAACAUCACCCCUUUUGACAUCACUGUUGCGUACUAUUACUUCAUCUAGUUCACCACAGUUGCCGCCAUUAUCCACUUCUCCUCUUAAAGACAAUAUUAAGAUUGAAGCCUCGUCUCGCAGCUCUGAAAACUCCUCUAAAAAAAUUGAUGUAUUUCUUUCACCAACCACUAUUCCUUCAAGUAUUUCACCACUUCUAACAACUUUGCUCAAAUCAGCCACUCCCCUGCCACCACUUACCAAUAGCAUGGCUCCUCUUCUGAAGGAGUCUGGUGAUGGAGACCACUCAAAAUCAGAAAUGGAUAUUCUAGGAUUUUUAAAAUCUAAAGAAGUCUCCCCCCGGGCACCACAGUCACCUCGUCCUACUCCAUCCUCAUCACCUUUAUUGAAUUCAUUGUUAAAGAAUUCACCAUCUUCCAUUGCAUCCAAAGAUGUAUCCCCUAAGGCUUCUCCGCAACCAUUUUUCAAUCCUUCAAAUGCUUUAGCAAGUGCUCAACAACUAGCUACCUCUUCACAAUCACUAAGUCAUCAGUUUUUCCCUCAUGAGGCCAAUGAAACCAGGAAAGCAUUAUUCCAGCCUGCAACAUCAUCAGCCUGUCUUUCUGCACCAACAUUAUCGAAGCUUCUUGAAAUGCCACCCAGUACACCUGGAAGAUUGCCACCCCUUCCUGUUCUUGAUCCUCCUCUCACGUCUGCAGCUAAAGUAAUCAGUCCCCCAAAACAGACCGACCUGAAACCGCUCGAGUUUUCUCCUACUAGAAGAUCUGCUGAAAAAAUCCCUGCUUCCUUACAAUUCACCACAGAACUUCAAGCACCUGCAACUUUUUCUGAAGCCACUCUAAAAGCUGAUGUAGCAAGUACUACUGUUAAAUCAUCGACACUCGGUGUAAAAAUUGAAUCGAUGGACAGUUCGAAAGAUGUUGCUCUAUUAGAGGAAAUUUGUGAGAGCCUACAAAACGAGACGCGUGCUGAACUGGAAGCUAAAUUAGAAAUAGUUGAACAAGAGUUGUCAUCGUUGGCUAGUGUCAAAAUCGAACCAAAUAUAAACAAGAGAGAAGCAAUAAGCAGCAGUGAUGACUUUUCCCCAGAUCUAUUGUCUGACAUCAAGUUGGAUAAAAUAGAAGAUUUAGCAGACAUUAAACCUGAUCUUAGUCUGUUUACUGAUGAUUGUCCAUUGAUUUCUAAAGCAGAAAAUGAUGAGAAAGAGACUAGUCGAAAAAUAUUUAAGAGUAGGACUCCCAAGAAAACGCCAUCCUCAGAAGAUAAAGUAGAGGAAACUAAUGUAUUGUCAACAUCAACCAAAAUUAAUGUAGAACCUGAGAGUCCUGUAAAAAAGAAAACUGACCUUGAUAGUCCUUUGCCUAAAAUUUCUUCAAAUUUAGAUUCUGAUAAUGGACUGCUUGACAAGUUUUUGGAUACAAAAUCAGAAAAAAAAGAUGAGUCAUUCAAAAAAGCUGAAUAUGCUUCACCUGAAAAAAUGGAUACAAGUGAAGAUGAUUCAGCUAUUAGACGUUCUGGAAGAAAAUCCAAGAAAAUUCGUGGUUCAAAGCCUCCAAAACCUGUUGAACCUAAAGAUCAAUAUGAAUUCACAGAAAGCGCUGAAGAAAACUCAGUUGGUUAUCAAACAUCAACUUUGUGCUAUGGAUCAAGAAUAAAAGAAAGACUUGAGGAUAAAACAAAAUUCUCCAACCAAGAUUCUGAAGAAUCAACGCUUAUUUCAAAUACUGAAUCUUCAAUUCUGGAUAAGAAAUCACCUAUCAAAAGCAAGACAGAAAGCACUGAAAUACUAACUUGUGGUGAUGAUGAUGUGGUGUUCUCUGACGAUGCAUCAAAUUCUAUGUUAACUGAAGAUAAGCUGAAACAAUGGGAUGAAUCAACAGACACCUCAAAAAUUUCAGGAAAUGGCAAAAUGAAUCAAAGGUCUUUAAAGGUUGGAGAGACUUUUAAAAAGAAACCACCGCUUAAAAGGCAUUUGCCCAGUAAAAGUAAUACAUCUCUUAAAAAAGUAAGAAAAUUAACGGGUUCAGAUUUUGAUGAUCUCUCUGCAUGCUCCAGAGACUCUGAAGAUGUUGUUUCAAGCGGAUGGAAAAAGGAUUCAGAUCUCAAAGAUCUUAAGAAUUUGCCCGAGUGUAAAGUUGAAAUUACAGAUAGUCGAUUAUCUUCAUCAGUUGCAAUUGAUUCUGAGCAAGUGGACGAUAUGGAAGGAUCAUUGCAAGGAUCGACUGACUUCUCCCCCCUUCAAGCAAGUGAAGUUAAGGAUGAAAAAGAUACUUCACAAUUUGGAAAACAAGAUUGGUUCCAUGGCGUCAGUCCGAAAAGCUCGGAACAUAUAUCACAAAGCUCUGAAGAAUCAGAAUAUGAAUCAGAUAAUUGGGACAGUCAUUCUGUUAGUACAAAUAAAAGUACAUCUGAUCAUCUGCCAAGAACAAAAAGGAAAGAAAGAGAAUCUGCUGAAUAUAAAGCUUGGAAAAAAGCAAUCCAUAUAGUAUUAAGAGAAGCUUCUUGUCAUAAGUAUGCAAAUGUUUUUCUUCAAAAAGUAACAAAUGAUGUUGCUCCUGGAUAUUCAAGUAUUGUUUACAGACCUAUGGACUUGUCUUUGAUUAAGAAGAACAUUGAUAAUGGUACGAUACGAACAACAGAUGAAUUCCACCGUGAUAUGCUUCUGAUGUUCCAAAAUGCUAUUAUGUACAAUAGUUCUGAUCACGAUGUUUAUAAGAUGGCUGUAGAAAUGCAGUCAGAUGUUAUAGACCAAAUAAAGGCCUUCCUCACUACACAAUACAAUGAUGUACAAAAUGAGCCUACUUCAUCCUUAAGGGCUGCAAGAAUAAGUAAGCUACAAAAAGGGGGUGGAAAGCAGCCGUCAGCCACAAGUUCUUCUAAAGCAAAGGAUGAAGCAGAGCGCGAUUGAGAAGUGCUUUGAUUUCUAAAAAUUAGUGGAACGAGACUCACAGUUCAUUCCAAAUUUGUAUAUUUUUUACCUUUAGAAAAAAAAGUGCAAAUAUUACAAUUAUUGCUUGUAAUAGCUGAAUAAAUUUGCAUUGUAUAUAGUGUAAA